AGCUUGUGAAGUUUAUAGUCUUUGGGAAAGGAAGUUUUCAGACUUUAUUAUUAUUUUUUUAAUUCAAUUUAAACGUUUCUCCGACUUUAUAGUGAAAUGCAGACGAAAGUAAUCGCGGAGGACGGGAAAGCUGAAUCUGUAGAGAACGUCACGAGUGGAGGAGUUGCGUCCUUCAUUCCAGGUUCAGAGUCUCAAAUACAAGCUGCCGACAGGAAUAAUGUCAACGCUGAUACUAUAGAAACCAAAGCGUCAGAGAAAACGCAUUCAGGUCCCAGAAUUACCAAACACUUUUUAAGGGACCAUUGCAAGAAAAAUAAACUGUACCUGACACCAAGGUUAAAUGACACACUGUAUCUACACUAUAAAGGUUUUUCCUGUAUUGAGAGCUUGGAGGAAUAUACUGGACUGCGUUGCCUGUGGCUGGAAUGUAAUGGCAUUCGGACGAUUGGGAAUCUGGAGCAUCAGACAGAGCUUCGCUGCCUCUUCCUCCACCAAAAUCUCAUUCACACACUGGAAAACCUGGAGCCUCUCAGCAAGCUUUGCACUCUCAAUGUCUCAAACAAUUAUAUAAAGGUCAUUGAGAACAUAUCAUGUUUGUGUGAGCUUUCCACACUGCAGAUGUCCCAUAAUGCACUGGAGAAUGUUAGUGACAUGAAGGAGCUGUCACUCUGUCCAUCCAUCAGUGUCCUUGAUCUAUCUUACAACCGCAUCAAAGAUCCAGCCCUCAUCAACAUUCUAGAGAGGAUGCCAGACUUGCGGGUGCUAAAUCUAAUGGGUAAUGAGGUCGUUAGAAAAAUGCCAAACUACAGGAAGACUAUGAUUGUGCGUCUAAAACAGUUGACUUACCUUGAUGACCGGCCUGUGUUCCCAAAAGACAGAGCUUGUGCAGAGGCAUGGGCAGCCGGUGGUUUGGAGGGUGAGCGACAGGAGAGGGAACUGUGGGAAACUAGAGAAAGAAGGAAAGUCCAGAAGAGUUUGGAUGCAAUGACUGCUAUGAAAGAGAAUGCACUGAAACCACGGCAAGCUCGCGAAGUUUUGGGAAAAGGAAUCACAGAGCAUCAAAAUUCUGAUGAUUUGAGCCCUGAAAAGGACAUUUCUAAAUUCCCUUCAGAAACAUCAGAAAUUGCAGUUUCAGAGAGUGACACAUCAAAAUUAGUGAAGCAACAAGCUGAUUCACCAGCAUCAGAGAUGAACCAUAUUUUCAGGUUAACAGCUGAUGAGGAGCAUGUUAUCCAAACACUUGAUCAAAAUCCUUCUGGCCAAUUAAAACCAGAAAGACAACAGACUAACAUUUCGGCUUCAGAACAGGUUCUCCAAGCUUCAUUUGACCAGGGCCAGAUUGGCCAAUCAGCAACAUUGGAAUUGAACAGAAAAGACAAUUAUUCAUUGUCAUGUAAAAGCUCAGUUUCACAACAAUUCAGUGGUCCUGGUGCACUUGUCACGGAAAUGAUAUCCGAGGAUGACAUAGAGACCGUCACUCUGUCAGAUGAAGCAUCUUUAACAAUUGAUGAUCUUCCAGACCUGGAAGAUGUAGAAAAUAGCUUGAUGUUCCCAAAAACAGGUACACAGAGUGUGUUCCGUCCAAUGAUUGAAGUAAUCUCUGGUGAUGAAACAGAAUCAGAAGCUAUUACAAAUGUGUAUCAGCAGUCUCAGUCAGAAGCCGUAGCCCCUGACCAACCACAGCUGCUUAUUAAUGUCUCCACUAAGAGAACAUCAGUCAUGCAGCGAAGCCCUGUCUUCACCAGUCAGAGGACCAUGAAACCAGAGGAUGAGCAUGUUCUCCAGAAAGCAAAAGAAAACAAAAUGACUGUCCUGAUUGAGGAACUAGAUUGAGUCUGAAC